AUGCAUAACGGAAAGGUUAUUGCGUAUGCAUCAAGGCAGUUGAAACCGUAUGAAGCUAAUUACCCUACCUAUGACUUAAAGCUAGCAGCCAUAGUGUAUGCAUUGAAAAUUUGGAGACAUUACCUGGAUGGUGUGAGGUGUAAGAUAUUCACGGAUCACACGGGUUUGAAGUACAUUUUCACACAGAAGGAUUUGAAUAUGCGUCAAAGAAGACGUUUGGACCCGACUAGACAUCUGGAUAUGCAACGAUUGAAUCUAGAGACCGUGAGUGGUGAAUGUCUGAAGGGAAUGAUGAAUGCGUUGACUAUUCAACCAUCAGUAUUUGAUGAAAUUAAGGAGAAUAAAGUCGGAGAUGUUAAGUUGGAGGGAAUCAAGGAAAAUAUUUCGCAAGGAAAAGAAAUAGAUUUUAAGAUCCGUGAUGAUGGAAGUUUGAGUAUAGGAAUGACACCAUUUGAGGCCUUGUAUGGAAGGAAAUGCAGAGGUCCACUAUAUGCUGAAGUGACAUUAGUUAGACAGUUGUGUUAG